CAUUCAAGACGCGUUUUGCUCAUUUCACCAACCCCCCCCUUCCCUUCACUACCACCCCGUCGCCAUGACAGAGGAAUCCUUCGACAUCACCACCGCGCGCCUCCUCUCCGCCGCCGCCAGCGGAAAUCUAGAAAAACUCAAAUCUGCUAUCCUAGGCAAUAACUGCUCUCACGUCAGAGACUACGACUCUCGAACUCCCCUUCACCUCUCCGCCUCCAACGGAUACCUGGACUGCGUCAAGCUACUCGUCGAAACCGACCCCACCAUGAUCAACUCCAAAGACCGAUGGAACCACACCCCAUUAAUGGACGCCCUCGACGCCGGCCACGAACUCGUCGUCGAAUACCUCUGCUCGAAGGGGGCAACCACCUGUUACUCCUCCUACGAACUUGCCCAAAAACUCUCCGCCGCCGCCUCGGAGGGAUCUCUCUUCCUGGUCAAGUUCUUCCUAAAAUUCGGCGCGGACGUUAACUCGGUCGACUACAACGGCAAAUCCGCCCUUCACUUCGCCGUCUCCUCCAGGCACACUUCCAUCGUCCGCCUGCUCCUCGAGCACGGCGCGGACGUCAACAUCUCGGACCGAUGGGGCCUCACCCCCAUCUCCGAAGCCGCCCAAUACAACUACACCGAACUGGUAGAGAUGAUGCAAGCCUAUUCCGACCUCUCCGUGCGCCUCGACAACUUCAAAAACUCGGAAUGCUUCAUCUCCGCCCUGUACCAAAUCAUCAAGUUCCUCUUCGAAAAGGAAAAGUGGAACUACACCAGCGGCUGGCACGUCCAAGAAAACUUUGCCGUCACUUCCGAAGCCUGGCUCGCCUCCACCUCCGACGUGUGCCGCCUGUCCUGCUGGAGACAAGCAGCCGAAAACGCCAAAUUGCCCAUCGACAACUCCUCCAUCAUAGGCCGCGUCAUUCAAACCGGCAAGUCCGAACAAAUCUCCCACCCAAACCCCGACAGCGACGGCACGCUCGAUCCAGACCUCCUCCUGUCCACCGGCUUCAAAUCCACCCUCGUCAUCCCCAUCUCCAUCGACGACAAGAUCCUCGGCGCCCUCGAAUUCAGGAGCUUCUCCCACCUCUCUCUGAGCGCGGAGUCCAUCCGCAACAAGGAAUCCAUCGUCUCUCGCAUGAUCACCAACUACCAACGACAAUUCAACAGCACCUCCGGCUGCCAAAAAUUCGUCUUCGCCGACCAAGUUAACGAGGUCUUCCGCCUCGUACUCGAAGCGGGUUUCUUCACCAAGUCCGUCGUGCGCAGAGAAGUCGAGUGGUACUACACAGGCCUCGGCCUCCACGAGUUCUACUGGCGCCAAUUCUCCCCUCAAAAAAUCAGCCAGCAUAUCAUGGCCUUCAUCGCCGCCAAACUCCAGGGGCAAACCACCGGCACCUCCGAAGUCGUCCGCUACCGAGUCGAGGAAACCCACAGCGCCCUGUACAUCUACCCCCUCGAAGAAGCCGUCGACGUCGAGCGACGCAUCGAAACCCGCUGGCUCGCCGAAGGGUACCAGGGAUCUAAACUGGGCCCCUCCCACGACAAAUACGGAGUCAGCGUGAAGCAAUUCCUAUCCGAAGGAUACUCCACUCCUGAAAGCAAGCAAAAAGUCAUCAUCUACCUCGUCUCCGCCGACCCCUACGUCUGCACCGACGACAACGUCCGACCCUCCUCGGACAUCUGGAAAAUCAGCACCGGCUCCUUCCUGCUCGAAAAAGUCUACCAGUCUCGCCGAAGAUACGAACGCUGCAUCAAAGAGUGCCUCAAGAACACCGGAUUCGUCAUCUCCGUCGACCCCUCCGUCACCCACAAGACGGGCUCCGGCCGCUCAAUCGUCAUCACGAUCUGCUACAUGCUCGGCUCCACUCACUCCUUCCUCAGCUCCAUGACCCUCCUCCUCCAGCGGUACAACCUCUGUCCCGUCAGAAAAUACAUCGAAACGUUCGCGAACGGCCUCAUCGCCUACUCGUUCCACCUCGACAACGUGUCCGACGCCCAAGUCCGAGACAUCACCGACGUCGCCUGCCUCAACUGGAUCCUCCCGCGCACCUCCCUAUCUCCCAUGGUCGAGCUCAGGCUCGUCGACCUGCCCGUGAUCCAAUGGGCCUAUUGCGGCUGGAAGUUCGCCUACCACUUCCUGUCUCGCGUCCCCGAAGAAUGGCUCUCCCUCUACGAGGCCUACAAAGACAACACCAACACCCGCGUCCAGCUCCUGCAGCUCAAGAAGAGAAUGCGCAACGACCUCAUCACGGAGGCGCGCGUGUCCGAAACCAUCAUGCAAAACCCGGACCUGAUCCAGUCCAUGUACGAAGACUUCAAAGAGAGCUUCUGUCCCCGCGAAGACGGCAGCAAGGGCACUCGCCCCCAAUUCAACGGAACCCUCUGGAACCGCAUCAACAAGGCGUCGCUCUCCCCAGUCGACAUGGAGAUACUGCGCGCCCUCUUGAACUUCAACUGCCACAUCUUGAAGACCAACUUCUACAAGAAGAACAAAGUCGCCCUGUCCUUCCGCCUAGACCCGAUCUUCCUCGCCGGCUGCGACUACAGCAUCAUUCCCUACGGUGUGUUCCUGGUGAUCGGCGCGGAGUUCCGGGGGUUCCACAUCCGCUUCGACGACGUGGCCCGCGGCGGCAUUCGCCUCAUCAUGAGCCGCAACAAGCAGAUCUGGCAGAGAAACGCGGAAGGACUUUUCGACGAAAACUACAACCUCGCCCUCACUCAAACUCUCAAGAACAAAGACAUCCCGGAAAGCGGCAGCAAGGGAACCGUGUUCCUGAACGUUGACCACCAAGACAAAGCCGAAAUCGCCUUCAGGAAGUACUUCGACUCCAUACUAGACCUGAUUCUUCCAUCUUCCGACGUGAUCGACUACUUCGGCCAACCGGAAAUCCUCUUCUUCGGCCCCGACGAGGGCACCGCCGGCUUCAUGGACUGGGCCGCCCUCCACGCCCGAAAGAGAGGGUACAAGUUCUGGUCCUCCAUCACGACCGGCAAAUCCCCCUCCCUAGGCGGCAUCCCGCACGACCUGUACGGCAUGACUACCAGCAGUGUUCACGAAUUCGUGUUGGGCAUCAUCUCCAAACUCGGGCUGAAAGAAGAACAGCUCCGAAAAGUCCAGACCGGAGGACCCGACGGCGACCUCGGCAGCAACGAAAUCAAAAUCUCUAAAGACAAAACCAUCGCCAUCGUGGACGGAAGCGGCGUCCUCUACGACCCAAACGGCAUCGACCGGUCCGAGCUGCUCCGCCUCGCCAAAAACCGGCUCAUGGUCUCCCACUUCAACCAACAACUCCUCGGUCCAGGCGGAUUCCUCGUCCUCGUGGACGACGCUGAUGUGCGCCUUCCGGACGGCACCGUCGUCGAAAACGGCAUGAACUUCCGCAACAACUUCCACCUCGAACCCCUCGCCUCCGCCGACCUUUUCGUCCCCUGUGGCGGCCGCCCCGCCUCCGUCAACCUGUCGAACGUGGACCGCCUCAUAUCCGGCCCAAACAACAAACCCCUCUUCAAAUACGCCGUAGAAGGCGCCAACCUGUUCUUCACCCAGGAGGCUCGAAUCAAACUCGAGUCUGUCGGCGUCAUCCUGUUCAAGGACUCCUCCGCCAACAAAGGCGGCGUCACCUCCUCCAGCGCCGAAGUACUCGCCUCUCUGUGCAUGAACGACGAAGAGUACUCCCGCCUCAUGUGCGUCAAAGACGAUGUCGUCUCUGACUUCUACAAAGAAUACGUCGUCGAUAUUCAAAACCGCAUCAAGGCCAACGCUCGAGCCGAAUUCGAGUGUCUGUGGACCGAGUCCACCAAACCAGGCGCCCCUCCCCUCUGCAUCCUUUCCGACGGCAUUUCCGAACGCAUCAACCAGCUCAACUACCAAAUCCGCGACUCGGAACUGUGGAACAACCAAAAACUCGUCAAACAGGUCUUCAGCGAAGUCAUUCCCCAAACCCUCCAGCGCGAAUUCACGCUCGACAAAAUCUUCUCCAGACUUCCCAAAUCCUACGUCGACGCCACCCUCAGCUCCUACUUGGCCGCCAGCUACGUCUACACUCACGGGCUCAGCAACAACGAAUUCGCGUUCUAUCAGUUCAUGCAAAAAUACUUCGUCUCCCCGAACUAGCCGCCCGUCGAAGAGUUGCCUCGCUCUAAUUCGGAAGACCUCCCCGUGUACAACGCCAUCUGAGCUAUAAAAAAUGAGCGACCAACUUUC